UUUCAAGUCAGAUUAAUCCGGCCGAGACAUGAGAAACCCGCAGCAUAUAAAUGAGAGACAUUGGGGGGAAGUGAUCUUUGCGGUCCUCAGGGGCCCCCGAGCUCACACCACUGAACUGAUUAAUAUGUAAACAUAGCCAUUAAUCCACGAAUGUGCUCUUAAUUGCCGGAUACUUCCGGGGAGACUUGUUGCGGUGGCUCCACACAAAGAAUGGGCGUGAGUUGUCCCUCCAAACGGAGCCCAGAGACUUUUGCUUUCUUUGCAUCAGCGAUCUGAGCGCUCAGUUCACAGUCUGCAGGAGAGAGGGAGCAUGUAACAGUGGGAUGGACUGCUCAGGAUUUAAAACAACAGUUGUCUGAAUACUCUCCCCAAAUCAACCAAAGCGUACAGGAGGGAGGGGAGUCUCAGCUGGAGGGAGUCUGAGUGCGUCUGUGUCAGAGGGUGUUUGAGAGAGUAAGCGGAAAACACUGGGAGAGGAAAAGCCAGAGUGGAACGAGAAAGGGUGGAAGUCUGGAUCAGGUAAUCGAAUAUAAACCUCCGAGGGGCUGCCAUCAGUUGCGCACCGGAUCAGCGAUCUGACCAUGGUGCCAGCGCGCUGCCCAGGACCCUGUGCCAUGCUGGCGCUGAUCCUACUCUUGGGAUGCGGCUUGGCGUCCUGCCUCGGCCAGAACGACACGGAACCCAUCGUGCUCGAGGGAAAGUGUCUUGUGGUGUGCGACUCGAACCCCUCUUCGGACGGAGCGGUCACCUCCUCACUUGGCAUAUCUGUCCGCUCCGCCGGGGCAAAGGUGGCAUUUUCCGCCGUGCGUGGAACCAAUCAUGAACCGUCAGAGAUGAGCAACACGUCCAUGACCAUCUACUUUGACCAGGUAUUAGUGAACAUCGGCAAUCAUUUCGAUCUCAAAGCAAGUGUUUUCCAAGCUCCAAGGAGGGGGAUAUAUAGUUUCAGCUUUCACGUGGUGAAGGUGUACAACAGGCAAACCAUACAGGUCAACCUGAUGCAAAAUGAUUACCCAGUCAUAUCUGCAUUCGCCGGUGAUCAGGACGUUACAAGAGAGGCGGCCAGUAACGGAGUACUGCUGAUGGUGGAGCGGGACGACCGCGUCUAUCUGAAGUUGGAGCGGGGCACACUAAUGGGUGGAUGGAAGUACUCCACCUUCUCAGGCUUUCUAGUCUUUCCUCUAUAAUUUAAUCUGCGCUGAUUCAAGUCGCCCGGGACUCUGCUUAGGGUUGAGGAACAGAAAAAACGUAAAAAAGAAAAAAAAAGAGAGAGAAAUAAACAAAACCCAUUAAAUUUCAACUUAAAUAACUGUCAGCCAAGGAAGCCGACGAAUAUCUAUAUCUACACUCGUCCACUAUCUAUUCAAACAUGAACGUUUCCUUGGAGUUUCAAAUAUUCGAAUCCAUCAGUCAGUUCUACCGCAGUCUGGAUCGUUAGAGGUGUUGACCGACCAGUGGUUCUUGCUGGUCGAGUAUGUGGAUUUUUUUUAUCGCUUGGAAAACAAACUUUGCCAAACAAACCAACCAACAAUCCAACCAACCAACGACCGGGUGUGGACUAAAUGGACAAUGGAGAAGUAAAGGCUGGAAGAACCGAUGUCCUGGACAGACAGAGUGUGUUAUGCUGUAUUUUAUGUUUGUGUAGCCUUAAAGAAUAUGCUCUCCGUCCAAAUGAAGUCUGGAAUUAUGGACACCCAGAGAAGAAGUGCUUUCACAUCCAGAGUAUUUUUUUGCACGAAGGAUUUUUCCCCCUUAUGUUUUGUGCUGUCAAUGGUGUUACGUUUGGAUGCUGAACAUAUUGAAAACAAGCCAAAUGUAGGCCACUGAUGAGUUUAUAAAGAGAUAACGGCGACGUAUUUCAGCAACAGGACACGACUUAGAGCACUUUUAUUUAAAAAAAGAAGAUAUGACAUAAUUUAUAAAGUACAUAUUCACAUUAUUGUGUGUUCUACAUUUCGGAAUCUGCGUAGCUUUGACUGAUUUAUUGUUCAGUGACCGUUGCUCACCAAAUGUACAUUGUGGAAAUAAUAGAAGAAUCCCUACAUGUCCCGCUUAAUAAAAGGUAUUGUAUUGUA